AUGACUACAGCAACAAUACUCGACAACAGUGAAAGAGAAAUUAAAGAUCAAUCUAAGGAAGAUGCAACUCCAUUUGGUUAUGGUGCAGGACACAUACAACCAGAACUUGCUAUGGACCCUGGACUUAUCUAUGAUCUAAGCAUUGUUGAUUACAUAAACUUCCUAUGUUCUCAUGGUUACAACCAAACACAAAUGAAUAUGUUUUCUAAAAAUCUCUUCACUUGUCCUAAGUAUUAUAACAUGUUAGAUUUUAACUAUCCUUCAAUAACAGUGCCUAAUCUAAGCAAACACUCUGUACAAGUUAUUACUCGUACAGUUACAAAUGUAGGGCCACAAGGUACAUAUCAAGUGCAUGUCAAGGAACCUUAUGGGAUUUCUGUUUUGGUUAAGCCAAAAUCAUUAAAAUUUAAUGAAGUUGGUGAAAAGAAGACAUUCAAGGUUAUUUUUAAGGUAACCAAACCAACAUCAGGUUAUGUGUUUGGUCACUUGUUGUGGUCUGAUGGCAGACACAAAGUUAUGAGUCCUUUAGUAGUGAAGCAUAACUAA